AUAUAGCCCAUCCGGGUUCUUCGAGAUGCUGUUUGGCGACUCGUCGCCAUUCCCGGAGCAACUGAGCUUCGGCCCAGGGGCGAGUGUCCGUCGCUGUGUCGGAGACACUUGUCCCCGACACCAAGACAGCCAGCCCUCUCCCCUGCCCCGCGGCGGGAGAGCGUGUCCGGCCGGCCGGCGGGGCUCGCGCACCCUCCCUCACCUCCCCUUCCCCCGCAGCCUCCGCCCCGCCAGGCCCGGCCAGGACUCCCGAGCCCCGGCCUCCUCCUCCUCCUCUAUCACCGCUGCCGCCGGGCUUGACAGCCCCGUCUGCCGCUUCUCUUUCUAAUUUGAGAAGCCAAGGAAGGAAACAGGGAAAAAUGUCGCCAUGAAGACCGAGAACCGCUGCCGCCGCCGACCCCCGCCGGCCCUGAACGCCAUGAGCCUGGGUCCCCGCCGCGCCCGCUCCGCUCCGACCGCCGUCGCCGCCGAGGCCCCCGUUGAUGCCGCUGAGCUCCCCCAACGCCGCCGCCACCGCCUCCGACAUGGACAAGAACAGCGGCUCCAACAGCUCCUCCGCCUGUUCGGGCAGCAGCAAAGGGCAACAGCCGCCCCGCUCCGCCUCGGCGGGGCCAGCCGGCGAGUCUAAACCCAAGAGCGAUGGAAAGAACUCAAGUGGAUCCAAGCGUUAUAAUCGCAAACGUGAACCUUCCUACCCCAAAAAUGAAAGUUUUAGCAACCAGUCCCGUCGCUCCAGUUCACAGAAAAGCAAGACUUUUAACAAGAUGCCUCCUCAAAGGGGCGGCGGCAGCACCAAACUCUUUAGCUCUUCUUUUAAUGGUGGAAGACGAGAUGAGGUAGCAGAGGCUCAACGGGCAGAGUUUAGCCCUGCCCAGUUCUCUGGUCCUAAGAAGAUCAACCUGAACCACUUGUUGAAUUUCACUUUUGAACCCCGUGGCCAGAUGGGUCACUUUGAAGGCAGUGGACAUGGUAGCUGGGGAAAAAGGAACAAGUGGGGACAUAAGCCUUUUAACAAGGAACUCUUUUUACAGGCCAAGUCCCUAAUCAAUUCUGCAAGUAGUGAACCCUGUGGUGGCAUUUUGUUUCAGCGCAUUUGCAGCCAUGAAGUGCCAUCUUGCCCAAUAUGCCUCUAUCCACCUACUGCAGCCAAGAUAACCCGUUGUGGACACAUCUUCUGCUGGGCAUGCAUCCUGCACUAUCUUUCACUGAGUGAGAAGGCCUGGAGUAAAUGCCCUAUCUGUUACAGUUCUGUGCAUAAGAAGGAUCUCAAGAGCGUUGUUGCCACAGAGUCACGUCAAUAUGUUGUUGGUGAUACCAUUACGAUGCAGCUGAUGAAGAGGGAGAAAGGGGUGUUGGUGGCUUUGCCCAAAUCCAAAUGGAUGAAUGUAGACCAUCCCAUUCAUCUAGGAGAUGAACAGCACAGCCAGUACUCUAAGUUGCUGCUGGCCACUAAGGAGCAGGUGCUGCACCGGGUAGUUCUGGAGGAGAAAGUAGCACUAGAGCAGCAACUGGCAGAGGAGAAGCACACUUCCGAGUCCUGCUUUAUUGAGGCAGCUAUCCAGGAGCUCAAGACUCGGGAAGAGGCUCUGUCAGGAUUGGCUGGAAGCAGAGGGGAGGUCACUGGUGAUGUGUCUGCCCUGGAACAACUGGUGCUGAUGGCUCCCUUGGCGAAGGAGUCUGUUUUUCAACCCAGGAAGGGUGUGCUGGAGUAUCUGUCUGCCUUCGAUGAAGAAACCACGAAAGUUUGUUCUCUGGACGCUCCUUCUGGACCUCUUGCUCUCCCUCUAGUAGAAGAGGAGGAAGUAGUGUCUGAACCGGAGGCUGAGGGGUUGCCAGGGGCCUGUGAUGACUUGGAGUUAGCAAAUGACAAUCUUAAGGAGGGGACCAUUUGCAUUGAGUCCAGCCAGCAGGAACCCAUCACCAAGCCAGGCUUCACACACCUCAGCAGCUCUCCUUGUUACUACUUUUACCAAGCGGAAGAUGGGCAGCACAUGUUCCUGCACCCUGUGAAUGUGCGCUGCCUGGUGCGGGAGUAUGGUAGCCUGGAGAAGAGCCCUGAGAAGAUCUCAGCAACUGUGGUGGAGAUUGCUGGCUACUCCAUGUCUGAGGAUGUUCGACAGCGUCAUAGAUAUCUCUCUCACUUGCCACUCACCUGUGAGUUCAGCAUCUGUGAACUGGCUUUGCAACCUCCUGUGGUCUCUAAGGAAACCCUAGAGAUGUUCUCAGAUGAUAUUGAGAAGAGGAAGCGUCAACGCCAAAAGAAGGCUCGGGAGGAACGCCGCCGAGAGCGCAGGAUUGAGAUGGAGGAAAACAAGAAACAGGGCAAGUACCCAGAAGUCCACAUUCCCCUCGAGAAUCUACAACAGUUUCCUGCCUUCAAUUCCUAUACCUGCUCCUCUGAUUCUGCUUUGGGUCCCACCAGCACUGAGGGCCAGGGGGCCCUCUCCCUUUCUCCUCUGAGCAGAAGUCCAGGUUCCCAUGCAGACUUUCUGCUGACCCCUCUGUCACCCACUGCCAGUCAGGGCAGUCCCUCAUUCUGCGUUGGGAGUCUGGAAGAAGACUCUCCCUUCCCUUCCUUUGCCCAGAUGCUGAGGGUUGGAAAAGCAAAAGCAGAUGUGUGGCCCAAAACUGCUCCAAAGAAAGAUGAGAACAGCUUAGUUCCUCCUGCUCCUGUGGACAGCGACGGGGAGAGUGAUAACUCAGACCGUGUUCCUGUGCCCAGUUUUCAAAAUUCCUUCAGCCAAGCUAUUGAAGCAGCCUUCAUGAAACUGGACACACCAGCUACUUCAGAUCCCCUUUCUGAAGAGAAAGGAGGAAAGAAAAGAAAAAAGCAGAAACAGAAGCUCCUGUUCAGCACCUCAAUCGUCCACACCAAGUGACACUACUGGCCCAGGCUACCUUCUCCAUCUGUUGUUUUUUUUUUAAACCCCAUGCUUUUGUUUGGCUGCUGUAAUUUUUAAGUAUUUGAGUUUGAUCAGAUUAGCUCUGGGGGGGAGGGGGUUUCCACAAUGUGAGGGGGAACCAAGAAAAUUUUAAAUACAGUGUAUUUUCCAGCUUCCUGUCUUUACACCAAAAUAAAGUAUUGACACUCACAAGAGAUUUCUUCCUGCCAAGGUUUUUAGUUUGUUGUGAGUGUAGUCUUUUUGAACCAUGUGUAAUUAAUUUUUCUCAACCUAAAAUAAGAUUGAGUCCCUUCGACAUGCAUUAGGCUGUCCAGCCCAGAAUGGCACAGCACUGCUCUGCUGUAGCAUCGUGUCAGGGCUUCCUGGGCUCAGCACCUCUCUCUUUUAAAAACAGUUGAAUCCUUACUAUUUAGUUCUCCUUGAAAGCAGAGUGGGAAUAAAAUGGAUUUAGGACACCCAGUUUGAAUUGCAGUUUAUUUUUCUUCUGACACAUGGCCAGGCUGUGGUGCCAGCUUAAUGAGGUAGGUUGUCCUUGGCACUUGCAUGUGUGAAAGUGUUUUGCCUCUUGUUGAGCAUGGCUUGCAUUGGCAAGGAAAGCUGUAACUCGUGAAGGAAGCCCUGAGACCUGCUACCCCUAAGAUCGAGCUUGUUUUCAGUGACAGUGGCUUGAGUCGUAGGAACAGGAGUCUGUACAGCUGGAUAAGAGCAGGGCUGUCUGAAGCCAUAGCAUUGCUGUCUCCCUCUGAUCUAGAGCAGUUUUCUUAUGCCUUGAUUUGAGCUAAUUUUCAUGUGAACUCUUGCUGCUUAAUAAAGUGACCUCUAGGUAUAUUAGACUGCGACGGCAAAUGGUUGCAAUAAAUCACCUGCACAAGCAA